AAUGGAUCCCUAGCCGAUAUUGAUAAGAUUAGAUCAACGCUUGGCAAAGUUGCAGCUUUUGAUCAGCACUGAAAUGGCAGGUGUCGUCUGCGCCUGAACGAUCUGAACAACCACCAUUUCUACAGACAAGUAAGAUGGGAAAAGGCACAGAUAAACUCUACGUACGUAUUCGAGCUGUUCCAACCCAUGCGCCUCUGCACAUCGUCGCGAGUCCCCGACAGCCUGUGCUGACCCUUCAACAGAUUACCCAUUCUGAAUGGUCGUCCUCCGAUGCAUACUCAGCCAGCGCUGGCUCUAAUGUGAAUCUCAAAGCACCGAAUGGAGCAAACUUCAAGCGCCUCCCAUUCAACUUUUGCGCGGCGAGUCUACAACCCUUUAAACACCCUGUCUGUACGGCAGAGGGAACAAUAUUCGAUGUUGAGGUUAUCAGCCAGUGGCUCGAGAAACAUGGAACAAAUCCAGUCACGGGUAAGCCCAUGAAGGACAAGGACUUGAUCAAAUUGAAUUUCGCGCGGAAUGGUGAUACAGAUGCCCAUGAUGGCGGCAUGGGUUCUGGAGACGGGAAAGGGGAGAUGGUGGAUCCGGUCACAUUCAAGGUCUUCACAGACAAUACACAUAUCGUGGCGAUAAGGCACGGUAGCGAGGCGAAUGUUUUUGCCUGGGAGACAGUCGAGAGGCUGAAUAUCAAGGCCAAGAUGUGGAAUGACUUGGUGGAUGAUCGCGAAUUUGGCAGGUCAGACAUCAUCACGCUCCAGGAUCCACAGAACUUGGAAAGCAGAGAUUUGAGCAAGUUCAACUUUGUGAAAGAGGGCGAGACGGUCUUGACCAAGGAACAAGAGGAAGAUAGAAAGAAGGGGAGUGUGAACAUUGAUGCGCUGGGAAGGGUUGGAGAGAAAGUCUUAAGGGCGAAGGAAGCUGUAGAGAAGGCAAGAAGGGAACGCGAAGCAGGCGGUGAUAUCAAUCGUUCGAAGGCUCUGACCAAAACCGGGACACAGAAUGCUGCGCCCAGACCGUCGAUGGUGCAAGAGAAGAAGAUGGCUUACAAUGCUGCGCAAUAUACUACGGGAAAAGCUGCUGCAAGUUUCACAUCGACUGGGCUGACGCCCGAGACAAGUGGAGAGCGAGCACUUCUCACAGACGAGGAGUAUAUGCUUCGACCAAAAAGAGUAAAGAUCAAGGGAUAUGCUCGAAUCGAAACUUCCAAGGGCUCGCUCAACAUCGAAUUACAAACGGAAACUGCACCGCGAGCGGUCUGGAACUUUGUUCAGCUGGCGAAGAAAGGCUACUACAAUGGUGUGAAAUUCCAUCGAAACAUUCGAAAUUUCAUGAUCCAAGGUGGCGACCCCACAGGUACAGGCAAAGGAGGCACAAGUAUCUGGGGCAAGAAUUUCCAGGAUGAAUUUGACGGGCCUUUAACACAUGAUGCACGGGGUGUCAUGAGCAUGGCGAACAAGGGAAAGAACACGAAUUCCAGCCAAUUCUUCAUCACUUACAAGGCUGCAAAGCAUCUAGACCGGAAGCAUACCAUCUUUGGUCGGGUGGUUGGAGGCAUGGAUGUGUUACAAAAGCUCGAGAAUGUCCCGUGUGACGAUGGAAACAGGCCUUUGGAGGACAUCGUCAUGGACAAUGUUGUGGUCUUUGUUGACCCAUUCGAAGAAUUCCAAAAACAGAAACGCGAGAAAGAUGACUUGGAGAAGGAAAAGGAAGAAAUCAAGAAGCAAGGGGGCACUGAGGACGACAAAACUACUUGGACAGGCAAGCGCAUCAGGAACGAUGGGACCGUUGUCCAGAGCGAGCAAGCUGGUGGUGUGGGUAAAUAUCUGCAUGCUGCCAAGGAUAUUGGCAACAGCAAAUUCGCCGCCGAGGAGGAACAGGCUGAGGCUGAACCCGUCAAGAAGAAAAUGAGGAUGGGAGGAUUCGGAAAUUUCGACAGUUGGUGAGCCCCCAGCUCAUUACACAACAGAGCCGGCAACAGAGUGCGUAAGAAAGCCCACAUCUUGUCAACAAUUAAAAAGCAAGACGGGUGCGAGAGCCUGCCCGAUAGUCCAGCAAUUGGUUUGAGAACCAUCCUUCAUUACUGGACUUUGCUUUCCUCGACUGACACCUGACCAUGACCACCUCCCUUCAAGGGCUAAGGCCGCCGCCGUUGAAUUUGGAGGAGGCCAAGGUAAGAGGUUCCGUCCGGCGGAAGCUGGAGAUGAAUAGAAACAUGACCCUAUCUAAGUCUAGGGUAUUUUGGUUGAUGUUAUUGAUGUGGUUUGUUUCUGAUGGGCAUCUAGCUAGCAUAGCCUUCAGAGCAUUCAAUCUCACAUGAAGUCUUGCAUUUUCAUCUGAUCCGAGUCCUGUUCCUCGUGAUCACAACUAAUAAUAUGACGCUAAAGAGAGUACGAAGACGGGCAUUAUCCUGUAGAUGUCUCCAGCAUCAAACCCCGAAGAGGUCUGCCAUCACUCUAAACGGAGGAUUCUGAGCAUAUACACAAGUUACAGGAGAGGAACGUGGAGGAGCGUCUGUGUCCUGACCUAAGCCUAAGCAAUUGAAGUAU